AUGGCGACACCCACAUAUAGCAAUGACAACCCCAUUCGCGUUUUGGUUAUCAACCCCAAUACCUCCACACAUAUGACCGAUGGUCUCAAGCCGAUACUUGACCAACUCAACUACUCCGAUGUCCAAUUUGAAUACUUUACAGCGCCCAAUGAGUCCGUGACCGUAAAUGGAAAGACCUACGAGCCUAUCGCGAGUAUCAACUCCGGCAAAGAGUCGGCGCAGUCAGCGCUAAAUUGCUGGUCAGUUUUGGACCGGAUUUCGCAAUUUGAUGCCUUUUUAGUGGCGUGCUAUUCGGCCCACCCACUAGUAGGCGUAUUGCGACAGAAAAUCCGAGAAUUGAAGAACGCCGAUCCAUCAUCACGAAAGAAAUACGUUACCGGAAUUUUCGAGGCUAGCGUCACUACAUCCCUGUCAUUGAUUAGCGCAUUUGAUUUUGUGGCACAGGGGGAGCUAGAGAAGAGCCAGGCCAAGGAAUCGUUUGGGAUUGUGACUACUGGUAGUGCCUGGAAAGAUGAGCUGAGCAAAGCUGUCUCUAGCAUGCUCGGCACCACUCAGACAUCUUCCCGUUUCGCUGGAGUUGGCACGACUGGAUUGACUGCUGGGCAGCUUCAUACAACCGAGCCUCAAGAAGUGAAACGACGGAUUGUUGAUGCUACACAGAAGCUCCUUCGGGACUCGCCAGUUCCUGUAGGUGCCAUUUGCAUGGGAUGUGCAGGUAUGGCAGGCAUGGAACAGGCUGUGCGAGAAGGUUGUAUACAGGUCUAUGGAGAUGUUGAAGGUCACCGUGUAAGAAUUGUGGAUGGCGUCGUGGCAGGAGUUGGAGCAUUAGUGACGUUGUGCCGAGCGGGAUUUUGA